ACUCUUUCUGAGGUUGAAUUAGUUUGACUUUCGCUGCGAAUUGUAUCUUUGAUCUACCUAAAGAAACAGAGAGUUUUUUUCGGAGGAAGAAGAAACAGAGAGAAGUGAUGACGUCGGGGACGAGAAUGCCGACAUGGAGGGAGAGAGAGAACAACAAGAGAAGAGAGAGACGACGUAGAGCAAUCGCAGCUAAGAUCUUCACCGGAUUAAGAAUGUACGGUAACUACGAGCUGCCGAAGCAUUGCGACAACAACGAAGUACUUAAAGCACUCUGCAACGAAGCUGGUUGGAUCGUCGAACCUGAUGGAACUACUUACCGUAAGGGAUGUAGUAGACCUGUAGAGCGUAUGGAGAUAGGUGGCGGUUCAGCAACCGCUAGUCCUUGCUCCUCCUAUCAGCCAAGUCCGUGUGCUUCUUAUAAUCCUAGUCCAGGCUCCUCCAACUUCAUGAGUCCUGCUUCAUCCUCAUUUGCUAAUCUUACCUCUGGAGAUGGCCAAUCACUAAUCCCGUGGCUGAAACACCUCUCAACAACAUCAUCCUCAUCAGCUUCUUCGUCAUCAAGACUCCCUAAUUACCUCUACAUCCCUGGAGGCUCCAUAAGCGCUCCUGUAACUCCUCCUUUAAGCUCUCCAACAGCUCGUACCCCGAGAAUGAACGCUGAUUGGCAACAACUCAACAACUCCUUCUUUGUCUCCUCAACACCGCCAAGUCCCACGCGACAAAUCAUCCCUGACUCUGAAUGGUUCUCAGGGAUUCAACUAGCACAAAGUGUUCCAGCUUCACCAACGUUUAGCCUCGUCUCACAAAACCCAUUCGGAUUCAAAGAAGAAGCAGCCUCUGCUGCUGGAGGCGGAGGCGGAUCAAGGAUGUGGACACCAGGUCAAAGCGGAACUUGCUCACCGGCUAUUCCACCUGGUGCUGACCAGACAGCAGAUGUUCCAAUGUCUGAAGCCGUGGCUCCUCCAGAGUUUGCGUUCGGGAGUAACACGAACGGGUUAGUGAAAGCAUGGGAAGGAGAGAGGAUACACGAGGAGAGUGGUUCAGAUGAUCUUGAGCUCACUCUUGGAAACUCAAGCACCAGGAAGGUGGAUGACGAUAGUGUAUCCAUAUUCGCUCUAAUCAUCACAUGGAAGACAACACAAAGCUUAGAUUGCAAUGUCUUAGCAGAUAACACCGAUGCUGGUUACAAGAACACAUCAAAGUGUAACAUUUACCAAGGACGUUGGAUUUAUGACAAUUCUUCUAAUCCGCUUUAUGGAACAUCGACUUGCCCGUUCAUCGGAUUGGAUUGCCAGAAGUUUGGUCGGCCGGACAAGAACUACCUCCAUUACCGAUGGCAACCCACCGGAUGCGACAUCCCAAGAUUCGACGGACGAGAUUUCUUAAAAAGAUUCAAAGGGAAAAAAAUACUGUUUGUUGGAGAUUCACUAAGCAACAAUAUGUGGGUGUCUCUAAGUUGCAUGCUUCACGCUGCCGUUCCUAACGCUAAGUAUACCUUCCAACUCAACAAACGCCUCUCUACUUUCACCAUUCCGGAAUAUGGAAUAUCAGUAAAUUUCCUGAAAAAUGGGUUCCUGGUGGAUUUAGUAGCGGACAAAACAAGAGGGUUGAUUCUGAAACUAGAUUCGAUCAGUUCCGGAAAUCAAUGGUUGGGAUCAGAUGUCGCCAUCUUUAACACAUUCCACUGGUGGUCUCACACCGGUCGUGCCAAAACAUGGGAUUAUUUUCAAACGGGAGACCAAAUAGUGAAGGAGAUGAAUAGAAUGGAAGCUUUCAAGAUUGCUUUGACAACUUGGGCUAAGUGGAUUGAUCGUAACAUUGAUCCUUCAAAAACUAGGGUUUUCUAUCAAGGCGUUUCUCCCGUUCACUUCAUUGGUGGUGAAUGGGGUAAACCGGGGAAGACUUGCUUGGGUGAGACGGUACCAGUGGAAGGACCAAGUUACUCCGGACGACCUAAUGAAGGUGAAGCUAUAGUGCGAAGUGUGAUCGGAGGGAUGGCUAAACCGGUGGAGCUCCUUGAUGUGACGGAUAUGACGGAGAUGAGGAAGGACGGUCACCCUUCAAUCUAUGCCGGUGGAGGCAAUCGCUUAAAUGACUGCAGCCAUUGGUGCCUCCCUGGAGUCCCAGACGCAUGGAACCAGCUCCUUUAUACGGCUCUUCUCGGCCACUAGUUUUGCUUGGAGUCAAGUUAAAAUUAUAGAAUUACGGCCCCAGAUGUUUUGGUACCAAAAAAAGUUUGAAUUUAUAAUUUAAGAUAAUUAAGCAACUUUUCCCAUAGAUAAUUUUUAUGUUUCUAGUUUCAGUCUUGCUUUAUUCCCUUUUUUAUGUGCGUUUUGGAUAAAACGUUUUCUUGCUU